ACCAUCUCUCCAUCCGCGCUGAUUGAGACUCAUAGUCUUAGCUAGCUAGCUACCCCACACAUAUCUCGAUGUGCAGUUUACGAGAUCAAGUGGAAUCGCUUUAAACUCGUCCUGCUUGGAAAUAAAGUCAUGCAAAAGUGAAAGUCUUAAAACUCGCACUUGUUCGGGGAUGGUAUAUAAUUAUUCACAUGGAUCUUGGAGGAAGAAAUAUUGAUUUCAAUAAUUGUAAUAUUUUACAAUAAUUCCACGGAAGAGGGGGAUUGGAUCCGCCUGUUUUUUAGACACCGCUGCCACCCCGGGUAUUAGGAUAUGGGACCGGGCUGUAUAGUUUGGAAUUACAGGACCUGGUAGGUGGGAUUGGAUCGCCCUAAAUGAGGACUCGCUACGACGCCGGGAGCUCAGAGCCGUAACUUGAGAUGAUGAGGUCCAGCCGCCGGUGCACCGUGCUGCUGCUGCUGCUGUUGCUGCUGCUGGGGCCGGCGUGCCCGUUGGCUCUAGGACAACAGGACAACUCCCAAAGCACCAAAAGCAUUGAGAGAAACCCCCCCAAGUCCUUGGGAAUUCUAGAGGGACAGGGGGUGUCACCUCUGGGUCGCUGGAUGUUACAGACUAGAAGCCGAGCGGCUAACGCCACAUCCGUGGAACUUCCCUACCGCUCUCCCAUCCCCUUCUCCAAGCAGGAAUUCUGGGAGAUGCUUGGGAGCGACCUUCGACCCGAUUCCGUCUCAAGGGUCAAACGACUGCCCAUCGUCAAGACAGGCAAGUUCAAGAAGAUGUUCGGCUGGGGGGACUUCUACUCUAACAUCAAAACGGUGCGCCUCAAUCUCCUGAUCACUGGCAAGAUCGUGGACCAUGGGAACGGCACCUUCAGCGUUUACUUCCGGCACAACUCCACCGGCCAGGGAAACAUCUCGGUCAGCCUGGUUCCCCCAGUCAAGGCCGUGGAGUUUGAUCUGGAGCGGCAGAGUGUGGUCCAUCCGAAGGACUCCAAGAUCUUCAACUGCCGGGUGGAGUACGAGAAGGUGGACCGCAACAAGAAGACCUCGCUGUGCAACUACGACCCCUCCAAGACCUGUUUCCAGGAGCAGACCCAGAGCCACGUCUCCUGGGUCUGCUCCAAGCCCUUCAAGGUCAUCUGCAUCUACAUCUCCUUCUAUAGCACUGACUACCGUCUGGUCCAGAAAGUGUGCCCGGACUACAACUACCACAACGAGAUGCCCUACCUACCCUCUGGAUAGAGGCACUGGGGCUGGAGGAGCGUCCUUUGUGAGAACCUGCAGAGGAUCCUCUUGAAUAUUGUAAUUGAGGACUGGGGGGGGGGGGGGGGGGGGGGGGGGGGGGGGGGGGGGGGGGGGGGAACUACUGGAAGGACUAUGUGUUGUAUAUAUGUGUGCAAGGUCAUGUGGUAUAACAGGACUGUGAAACCUAGAGACUAGAGCUGAGGGAUUGGGGGGGGAUUGUGGUCUAGUGGUUGUAUUUGAAGUUAGCAUGGCUAAUUUAAAAAAAAGUGGUUCAGGGUUUGGAGCUGAGGGACUGUGCUGGAGGUAAUGUGAACUAGUGUCUAGAGCUGAGGAGCAUGUAUGCAUGUCCCCUAAACUUCAGAUUUGCAUACAUUAUGUUUUUAUGCAAAUACGAUGUUUAGGGACAAUCAAAUACAAAUGGUUUACUGCUGUGAUUGAUGUCUUUGUUCACACAAUUACUUCAAGCAGCCUGGUACCUUUUUGCUUGUGAAUUUCACAAUACUUACGAUGUGCUACUAGCUCUGUACUGUAUAUGUAUUAAAACGUUAAUAUUGUACAGUAUGUAUCCCUCUAACUGGAUUUUCUUUUCAGAAUUUUUUAGUAUGUGUAAAGCAGUGAAGGUUAGCACAGUUAGAAACUUGUAUUUAUUGUGUACUGGUACCAGAGCUAUGGAAAAAACUACAGAUGGCUGAGAUGAUGGAUCAUAGAGGUUGGAUAAUAGAGUAGCUGUGAACAUGACCACUAGAAUCACAAGUGGAGAUCUGAGUUGAGCUGUCUUGUUGCAGUCUCCUCAGUCUAAACUACUUUGCUAGCCUGCAUCCAAGCCCAACACCCAAACCAUUGUGUCAGCUCAGUCCUCAGCUAGAAGGGCUAGUCUUUUAACCCUAGCCCUUCUCAUUGAACUAUCAGGGCUGCUGUUUAUGAAGUGCAAGCAAAGCGUGACAGUCAAGAGAGUCGAAUUACAAAUCUGAACUGUCUUUAAAACAAUGUGACUACAUUUCCAGUGCAGUUUCCUGUUGAAGUCAAAAGCAUCCUAAAACUACUUGGAGCCACCUUAAAUAUCUCAAGAGAUCUUAAUGACAACCAUUCCAGUCUUCAAAUAUAGUCAAAGACCAGUCUGUCCCUCAGCAAUAAUCUGUAGUCCACACCUUAAACUCACUUUUAAGGAUCCCCUGAUUCACACUGACAGUAUUAAGAGACUAAUAUUCACAAGUGAAGUGUGGGUACAGAGGGACUGGGAGUGGCUUUAAAUGCUUGCAUUACUGUGAUUUUCUCCAAGAGCGUUGAUCAUGGAAAUACAAGGUACACGGAGGAACACCAUGUAUUGCCAAAACCUUGUGUUGCUAGAACUUCAGGUUUCCCACCUGCUACUUGCAGAAGUUCUCACUAAUGGGGGUUCCUGGUUCUUGAUCCACAAAGACUCUUGAUAGAGACAGUGGCCCAGGAUCUCUUCAGUCUUUUGAGGUUCAAAUAACCAUCUCAGCCUAGUUCCUACAACAAAGGCUUAUAUUGCCGUUCCCAAACCCAAUUCCUUUCGGUGGCUGUAAGCAGGGGAUAUGUCAGAUUAUUGUUUUCAGUACACCUCAUAGUGGACACGUGACUACAUGAUUUGACCCCUGUAACAGCUAAGUCUCUUUUCCAUUUGGUAUACAGUAUGAAAGUCCACUCCCAGUAUGAAAAGUCUAGCUGUACACAAUACACAUGCGUGCUUAGUAAAUUAUUGUGUGUUGUUGGUACAGAAUGAUUAAACAGUAUAUAUACAACAAUAAUUCGAUCUGUAUUUGUAUUACUUCAAAUGCAUAUUUAGUGAAUACACUAAAACCUAUGAGACCAA